AUGGCGAGUUUUGAUUCCAUCCUCAAUCUAACUUCCAAAUCGGCGCUACAGGAAGAUGUAGAUUUUACCCUGCAGAAAGCACGUGUCGAGGAAGCUUUUGAGGAACUUUUGAACGAUUUGGAAGCACUGGAGCGGGUGGAAACAUAUCUCAAGAAGCAAGCAAAGGACGGAGAGCUCGUCUGGAAGGAGUUACAACAGGUUGCGAUAGUACCCAACAAUUACUCAAAAUUCCAACAGUUGCUAAGAGAGCUAGACAAAAAGGCGAAAGUAGUGAAGGAAUGUUCAACAACCGAUCCAAUAACUCACUUUAUUCGAGAGACGAUAAGGCAAGUUCGAAUCCUUAGCGAAAAUUCUUUAUUGCGUCCUCCGAGUCCUCCAAUAAUUAUAAAGAACCGUGCCGAGCAUGAAACAUUCCGUUGGGCACGGGUAAUAGCACUACAGGAAAGCAAAAUAGAGUCACUAACCCGUAAGAUUGAAGAACACGAGCGGAAGAUCCUCGAGCGCAAAGCACAGCGCCAGCGACUUCAACAACGCAGCGAAAGGGAAAAGGACGAACAGUUGAGCGCUUCGCAACAUGUUCUGGUGGAGAUGAAACUGGAAGGCGAUGGAAUUGUUCAGCGACUGCAGGACCAACUAGCCGCCCAGCCCAACUUUGAGACCACACCGGACUAUCUGUCCCUGCUCGAUAAACACGAGCUGAAGCGGAAACGUAUCGCUAAGAUGGAGGUCCAACUGCAGCUUUGGAUAAAGAAGUACGACAAGUUCAUUGGGGAACCAAUGGGGGCUUUGCUGGAGCUGGAAGAUCGAAUGGCUGGCCUUGAAGAGUGGCGGGAUACGGUGUUCCGACCCCAGGAAGACCGAUUACAUCAACUGCAGGAACAGAUCGGUGUAUUUGAGGCGAUCGCGCUGGAAGAGAAAAUUGAGGAAAUGCGCAAGCUGCAUGCGGUGCGAGUCCUGCAGCGUGCUUGGAAACGAACGCUGGAAGUGAAGCUAAUGAAAAAGAAGGGUAAAAAAGGGAAAAAAGGAAAGAAGUGAAUAUGGAGGAGGAG